AUGGGCAUCCUCGACGACGUCCCGCUCCCGCAGGGGAAGCACCUCCUGCUCGCGUCCGCGGGGCUCUCCACCGCCGCGGGCGGGAUGAGCCUUCUCCAACCGAAGAAGACGCACGAGUACUACUUCGAGGAGGAAGUCCCCGGGGACGACGACAAGAAGGAGCCCGCGCCGCAGCACAAGCCGACGACCAGGUGGCUCGGCGCGUCGCUGUGCUGGGUCGCGGGCCUCAACGUCGCCGCCGCGUUCGCCCCCGAGGGCUCCGAAGCGAAAAAGAACCUCUUGAUCGCGAACGGCGCGGGGCUGCUCGCGGUCAGCGCGAUGGACGGCGCGAUGCUGUACAAAGAGACGCAGAAGAAGAAGGCGACGCUGCCGGAGAUCGCGGCGACGAGCGCGCUCGGGGUGCUGCACAUCGCCCGCGCCGUGAAGGGCGCGGAUAAAGACGAGUGA